CGCCUGAGUUUUCGUAUAGUAAAGCUGCUUUAAAGAGCAAAGAUGUUCAUCUGACUCCGUUCUUGUUCUCCGAUCUCUCAAGAAUUUCAGAGGCCCUCUCAAGCGGAAUCUGCCCUAGAAUUCGAUCUCACAAAUGGACAAGGGCAGUGAAAGUUGUUCUACUCAUCUCAUUGAUGGGGAUGGUGUCUUUAAUGUUGCUGGAAUUGAAAAUUUUAUGAAGGAAGUGAAAUUAGGCGAAUGUGGUCUCUCAUAUGCUGUAGUCUCCAUCAUGGGCCCUCAAAGCAGUGGAAAAAGCACGUUACUUAAUCAUUUGUUUGGUACCAACUUCAGGGAGAUGGAUGCUUUUAAGGGAAGGUCUCAAACUACUAAAGGUAUAUGGUUGGCAAGAUGUGCGGGUAUUGAACCUUGUACUCUUGUGAUGGAUUUGGAGGGUACUGAUGGAAGAGAACGAGGAGAGGAUGAUACUGCAUUUGAGAAGCAGAGUGCCCUUUUUGCCCUUGCUGUUUCUGACAUAGUGCUAAUAAACAUGUGGUGUCAUGAUAUUGGUCGUGAACAAGCUGCAAAUAAGCCUCUUCUGAAGACUGUGUUCCAGGUUAUGAUGCGCUUGUUUAGUCCACGUAAAACAACUUUGAUGUUUGUCAUACGUGAUAAAACAAGGACGCCACUGGAAAAUUUAGAACCUGUUCUGAGGGAAGAUAUUCAGAAGAUAUGGGACUCUGUUCCUAAGCCUGAAGCUCAUAAGGAAACCCCGCUCAGUGAAUUUUUUAACGUUGAAGUUGUGGCUCUUUCGAGUUAUGAAGAGAAGGAAGAGCAGUUUAAAGAACAGGUUGCAAGUUUGAGGCAGCGAUUCUUCCAUUCUAUUGCACCUGGUGGGCUUGCCGGUGAUCGACGGGCCGUUGUGCCUGCUUCAGGAUUUUCUUUUAGUGCGCAACAGAUAUGGAAAAUUAUCAAGGAGAACAAGGACCUUGACCUUCCUGCUCACAAGGUCAUGGUAGCCACUGUACGCUGUGAAGAAAUUGCCAAUGAAAAAUUUGCUUGUUUUGCUACAAAUGAGGACUGGUGUCAACUAGAAGAGGCUGUACAAUCUGGUCCAGUUUCUGGUUUUGGGAAGAAACUCAGUUCUAUUCUUGACUCCUGCCUGUCAGAGUAUGAAGAUGAGGCUACAUAUUUUGAUGAAGGCGUCAGAUCUGCAAAGCGAAAACAGCUGGAAGGGAAAUUGCUUCAACAUGUUCAACCAGCCUACCUUUCCUUGGUGGGCCAUAUACGGUCUGGAACUUUUGAUAAAUUCAAGGAAGCGUUUGAUAAGGCUUUAAAUGGAGGGGAAGGUUUUUCUGUCACUGCUUCAAGCUGCACUCAGUUAUUUAUGUCUCAGUUUGAUGAAAAAUGUGCAGAUGCUAUUAUUAAGCAAGCAAACUGGGACACAUCCAAAGCGAGGGAUAAACUUAGACGCGAUAUAGAUGCGCAUAUCUAUUCAGUUCGUGCUGCCAAGCUCUCCGAACUUACUACCCUUUAUGAGGCAAGACUGAAUGAGGCAUUGUCUGGACCUGUGGAAGCUCUUUUAGAUGGAGCUGGGGACGAUACCUGGCCGGCAAUAAGGAAACUUCUUCGUCGGGAGACUGACUCAGCUGUCUCUGGGCUCUCCAAUGCACUUUCUGGUUUUGACAUGGAUGAGCAAACUAAGGAUAAAAUGCUUGCUGGUCUAGAGGAUUAUGCCAGGGGGGUGGUUGAAUCAAAAGCCAGAGAAGAAGCAGGAAGGGUUCUGAUCCGUAUGAAGGAUAGGUUCUCUACAUUGUUUAGCCAUGAUUCUGACUCGAUGCCACGGAUUUGGAGUGGGAAGGAAGAUAUUCGAGCAAUCACCAAAACUGCUCGCUCUGCAUCUUUGAAGUUGCUCUCUGUAAUGGCUGCAAUCCGUUUGGAUGAUGAUGCUGAUGGUAUUGAGAAUACUCUUUCUCUUGCUUUAGUUGAUACAACAAGCAGUUCCACAACCAGUAGGAGUACGACAUCAUUUGACCCACUGGCCUCAAGCACUUGGGAAAAGGUUCCAUCUUCAAAAACACUAAUUACACCUGUCCAAUGUAAAUCUCUGUGGAGGCAAUUCAAGGCAGAGACAGAGUACAGUGUCACUCAGGCCAUUGCAGCUCAGGAAGCUCACAAACGUAAUAACAAUUGGUUGCCCCCUCCAUGGGCAAUUGUUGCCUUGGUUGUCCUGGGAUUCAAUGAAUUUAUGACACUGUUAAGGAAUCCUUUGUAUCUAGCAAUCAUCUUUGUUGGAUUUCUAGUUUUCAAAGCUCUGUGGGUUCAGAUGGAUAUUUCGGGUGAAUUCAGCCAUGGCAUUCUUCCUGGGGUUCUCUCUUUGUCCACAAAGUUCCUUCCCACCGUCAUGAACCUUCUCAGAAAACUGGCUGAAGAAGCACAAACACCGGCAACUUCAGACAAUCGGAGAAAUCCUCCACUAACAUCAAAAGGCUUUCGGAGUGAAGCAGAAGCUAGUAAUGAUUUGCAAUCAAGCGCUUCAUCCGAAAUAACUUCCUCUGAAAACGGAACUGAAUACUCAAGUCCCACAGAACACCACAAGUCGAAAUAAGCAUUACAAACAUAGAACAUCUUUCACCUGUUUGGAAAUGCCAGGAUUCAGCAGCCAGCAGAGAGGGUUACUCCAGAUGUAUGAUCCAUGUGAUUUAAUUCUAAUCAUGAGCAUGUGGGUGCAACGGAAUUGAAGGCAUUGGUUUUUUAUGUUACAUGCCGCAUACUCGGGGUUGUAGUUUGUUGUGAAAAGCCCCAUUAUUAAAUAGGUUUUCUUCAUAUUUUUAGCUUUUUUCUAGGUGUUAAUUUUGUUUCUUUUUUGUUGGAUAAGUUACAGGGCUCUUCUUGCUCUCAACUCCAUGGUUGUUUUAUCUACUGGUUUGCAAUUUUGUAUUGUGCCAUUAUAAAGCCAUAAUCGGUUGUAUUUUGUUGAAAAUUAUUUCACAAUUUAUGACAAUUUGUUAUAUAGCUUACACCCCUCCCCCCUUUUCCAA